UUAAAGUCGAUCGGGUAGGCGGCGAUGUCCUACCUGUAUCUGUGUAUUACGACAUAUGCGUGCCGCGUUCCAAACUGAUAAUUUGGACUGAUAAUAUGAGGUUUGUGUAUUUUGCAAUACACGUUUAGCGACACGUCUGACACAUACAACUCAACUAGGCAAACAUUGCAACCCACGGCACCAUUCCACGGAAUUUGAGGAGAUUUGAGAAUUCAUAUUUAAAAACAACUGUACUGUAGAGGUUUUCUAUAACUGACCUAGGUCAGUGGACUAUGGCCAUGGCUUCAGCGCCUCGUAGACAGGUGAAGAGACAACAAUCCAAAGAAGUUUGGAACACGGAACUCCAGCAAUUCUUCAGUUGUGUUCGUCGUGGCAAGGUUUCCGAAGUAGAUCAUUUUGUGAAGAAAGUCAAAAUAGAUGUGAACACUACCGAUCCCUGGGACAACUGUCCGCUGUACCUGGCUAGUCUCUGUGGACAUAUUAAAAUGGUGAAAUAUCUACUGAAAGCAGGUGCCCGAUAUGAUGCUCAGAGUAUUGAAGGACAGAGAUGUUUCCUGUCGGCUCUCACCACAGACAUCAGACACAUCCUUAAGGAAUACCAAUCCGGAUCUGCUUGUGUUGUCUCGGAGAGGCCCACAGAAAGUCCGAGUAUCUCCAACCUCACAUCUUUCCUACAAACGAUGUAUGAAAGGACUCCAGACUUUGACGUGGAACUUAUUGUCGCUGGUCAAACAUUUUUAGGACACAAGUGCAUCCUUUGUGUCCGGUGUGCUUACUUCCACAAAAGACUAACCGCUCCAGAUUCACUACAACUCAAGACCCUGGAGCUUACUGACCCGGUGUUUACUCCAGAAAGUAUGCGUGGAAUUCUUCAGUUCCUCUACACAGGGGGACUUGAUCUGCCGGUAGAAGAUGUAGAGGACACCCAGAGAUUAGCCGCCUAUCUUGGCUUUACAACUCUGGCAAACUGCAUCGAGGCUGAAAUGAAAGAAUCCAAAACGCGUAAGAAUGUGACGGUGAAAGAAGAUCUGGCUGAAGCAGUCAUCAGUGUACAGUAUCAGAUGCUGAGGACGGAUCUGCUGUAUGACCUGAGACAGCUUGUAAUGUCAGCUGUACCCCAGCUACUACACCAACUGAUAGGAGGUACCGCUGAUCACACGACAGAGGCAAGCAAGAAGGACAUGGCUGACACGAACACAAACAGCCCGAUCUUCCCCGAUAUAUGUUUCUGUGUGGGAAAUCAGCAGUUUGAGUGUCACAAGAUGUUUUUUUACGGGAGAAGUGAGUUUUUCCGGAUCAUGUUAAUUGAGAAACAAGAUGACCAGCCACCGGCCCUAGAGGGAUACAGACCAAUGGUCAACCUGGAUGACAUCACAGAGGAGGAUUUCGUACACGUUGUUUCCUAUCUAUACCAGGAUCAAUGCUUGGUUGGUGUUGCUGACCAGAACAGACUGUUAGAGAUUUGCGACAGAUGGACGCUACCACAACUAAAGUUACUGCUGACAGACGAGGGACAAGAUGUCACUGUCGACAAUGUGAUGCAGAUAUAUGCAGCAACCAGUCAAGGAAAUGAAAACCUUCUGACAAAAUGCUAUCAGUGCAUUUCUGAAAACUUCAUGGAGUUAGCUUCACAGUACGAGUUCCACCAGUUCCUGAAGAGAGAGUUACCUGCUCCUGGUGAAGAUGAACCUCUAGUGAAGACUUCUAUAAUUGCGAAACUUCUUUACCAUAUCCGUAUCACAGCACGUACAUGGCAGGAUAAGAAAUUUGCCAACGAGAAGAUCAAGAAGCUAAACUACAUUGUUUCUAACAGACUGGGAUACGAGGCCAACUUCACUCUGUUUGAUAUUCCACCUGUACCACCAGAGUGUCUGAGUGCUACACCUGUACCCCCAAAACCUCUGAGUACUACACCUGUACCCCCAAAACCUCUGAGUACUACGCCUGUACCGCCAGAAUAUCAACCUACUAAUGUAACCGUUCAUUGGCACGAGGGACAGGAUGUUACUGUCGACAACGUGAUGCAAGCUUAUGCAGCAACCAGUCAAGGAAAUGAAAACCUCAGGACAAAUUGUUAUCAAUGCAUGGCUGAAAACUUCCUCGAGUUAGCUUCGCAGUACGAAUUCCACCAGUUCCUGAAGAGAGAGUUACCUGCUCCUUGUAAAAAUGAACAGCUGGUGAAGAAUUCUAUAACUGCGAAGCUUCUUUGCCAUAUCCGUAUCCCAGCACGUACGUGGCAGGAAAAGAAAUAUGCCAACGAGAAGAUCAAGAAGCUAAACUACAUUGUCUCUAACAGACUGGGAUACGAGGCCAACUUCACUCUGUUUGAUAUUCCUCCUGUACCGCCAGAAUCUCAGAAUACUACAGAAACUGUUAAUUCACAUGAGCACACAAAGCGGUCAUCAUCAAAAAAUUCUUGUGUAAUAUUGUGACCUGUUUUGUAUCUGAUGUGUCAUAUAAAAAGCUUAUACUUGUUAGCUUCGCAGUACGAAUUCCACCAGUUCCUGAAGAGAGAGUUACCUGCUCCUGGUAAAAACGAACAGCUUGUGAAGACUUCUAUAAUUGCGAAACUUCUUUACCAUAUCCGUAUCACAGCACGUACAUGGCAGGAAAAGAAAUUUGCCAACGAGAAGAUCAAGAAGCUAAACUACGUUGUCUCUAACAGACUGGGAUACGAGGCCAACUUCACUCUGUUUGAUAUUCCUCCUGUACCCCCAGAAUAUCAACCUACUACAGUAACCGUUAAUUCAUAUGACCAGGCAAAGCGGUCCUCAUCAAAAGAUACCUGUGUAAUAUCCUGACCUGUGUCGGACGUAUUAUAUAGAAAGCUUAUACUUGGUGAGUUUGAAACUGUAUACAGUUAAAACCCGCUUGUGUUAAACAAGCUCGAAUCAAAUACCAGGUACAUGAAUGUCCAAAAAAAAAAAAAAAAAAAAAAUUAUUGAAUUACAACAGUUGUGAAAUGAUACCAAUUGAUAUUAAUCACACUUGUUGACCUGGAGGGAGGCGUACUGUUGGAGGUAACAGGAGUACCCAGCAAUAGGUACUUGAUAUCUGCAGGGGAUAAAGUUUUGCUUUACUUGCUUUCAUUAAAUAUAUAGUGAACGAACUAAAUUGGGUAUAUCACACACGAAUGUCUAAGCAUAUAUUAAACCUGUUUAUUGUAACAGUAAGUGAAACGUCAAUUAUUAAAAAUGUAAAAAUCAUAAAAUUUAAACUACUUUUAGUUAGGAUUCAAAAUUACCAUCUAGAGAGAAAAAAAUACCUAAAUUGUAAAUUAUCAAAUAAUUUGGCAAUUAAAUUUCUCUUAAUUUUGGUUGUUUAUGACUUAAGGAAAAAAGAAAUAUAAUAUUAGGCCAAAAUAACAAUAAAGUUGGUUUGGCAUAACCCGACUGACCCAGAAAAAAUGUGCCAACUCAAAAAAUGUUAUUGUGAAAAAUAAAACAUUGUUUUUUAAAGAUUUUACCAUUUCGGAUAUUUAUGUCCGGAAGUUGAUGUGCAGGUUUGAAACUACGUCUCUCAAACCCAAAUAAGGUCGGUGUGUGUUUCUUUUGUUAAAGAACACAAAAUAAAUAAUGAUUCCCAUAUUCUGAUUUGUUUUCAUAUAAAAGGUUGAAAAUCUGUUUUAGAACUGAAUUAAAAAAAAAAAAUCAGCCCUACCUACCUACCCAUAUGUAAGACCCCCUUGUCAGGUUACAGCAAACCAAGAUAUUUUUAAGGGUGGCCUUACUCGUGUAUUUCAAAAUGACUAUUAUUUUAACAAAUAAGCACAUACCUGGUAAUAAGCCCAUCCAUGUCCAUUACACUAGUUCCUUAGAAACUUUAGCACAAUAAGUCUCUAAGCCCAUUGACUGACGGGAAUAAAGACAGUUUACCGGUGUUCAAACCUCAAUUUGUUGGUGGAUGGGGUUAAAAUGAUCUGCUACUUUUGAAGUACUCAAUUUUCUAGAGCUAAUUAUUGGAUUGAAACUUUCCUAGUGCUGAUGUCUUGCAUAAAUCACACAGAUUUUCCUGCGGGCAUUCAUGUUGUUUGUUUUUAAGAAAGUAGAUCGUGAAUCUGUGAUAAUCUUAGAUAUUUUUAACAUACCUGUAAUCUGUUCUAUAAUGGUAGUUUACCUACGAUGUAUUGACAAUACUUUUAUUGAAGAUAUACGUGUACUUGAGAUUUAUAUUUGUUUUAUGAAUCCUUGACUGUGAGUACGUAAUGGUAUAUUGUGUGUGCUUUUUAAAAGACGUAGUAUGCUUUCAUUUCAACAUCAGCAUGCUGGUAUUUUGAAGUUGGAAUCCCAGAUUUAGAAUUCUUAAUUGUUUUACAUUAAGAUAUUAUUUGAAAGUUUUGUGUGCUUCAAAUUUACGUGCUUUAUGUAACAGAAAUAUCCCAGUGCUCUCUGAAUUUUUUACCCUUGAUUAUGGCUUUAAUUUUACACAUUAUAAUAUGUCAACAUCUUGCUUUUUUUGGCAAAUUUAAAGCCACAUGCAUGUAUGUAUGUUAUGAAACCUUUUUUUCAGAUUUUUGUUUAUUCUGUAAUUAUACCUGAUGUGAGUAGACUUAAAUAAAUCAUUACCAGUAUAGGAAUUAAGCAUGGUAUUUAGGUGAAUACUCCCUAGCUGUCACCUUCGUUGGAAAACUGACGAAUAAUCUAUUGGCCCAAUUGUCCAGGUUUAGAUACCAAAAUCUAUUCACAUAUUAAAGCCACAAGAUUUACUGCAAGAGAAAUUAAUCUUCAACAGCCUUAAUUCUUAUUCUAUUGUUUUAUAUUGUAUCAUUAUAAUUAUAUAUACAUGCAUUAUCAACAUUUUAUUCCAUCUACAUUUUAUGAAAUAUAUCAUCAAGGCUUAAUUGAUAUUUUUUUUUGCCUAAGAUUAGAUAAGCCUUUGCUUGGUAAUAAGCCUGAAUCUUGUAAUAAGCCAAGUCUGGUAUAAAGCUCAAGUUUUUUUUGAUAAGCAAGAGUCUUGUAAUAAUUCCUUGCUGGUAAUAAGUCCAUGUCUGGUAAUAACUCCAUGUAAUGUAAUAAGUCCAUGUCUGGUAAUAAGUCCAUGUCUGGUAAUAAGUCCAUGUAUGGUAAUAAGUCCAUGUAUGGUAAUAAGCCAUCGUCUUGUAAUAAGCCCAAUAAUUGAAAUAUAUUAGUUACAAAUGAUAUUUCAUUGUCGGGCAAUAACCCUGCUCCCUUACUUUGAAUAUAUAUAUAUGUUCGUCCAAUGGACUUAUUACAGGGUAAGUACGGUAUUUUGAUGUAGUAGUUGAUAUAGACAUCUGCCAGACAGUCCUGCUGGUAAAAAAUGAAAACAAACAAUAUUUUAUGUAGAAAUAAAAUUUAUUUCAUUUUAAAGAUUAUAGCUGAUUAUCUUUAAAAGCUAUUACCAGACAUAUUUGUUAAAGAAUACUGCAUGAAAAUACUGACAUUUAAGAUCAUGUGAUAAUAUAUAUAUCAGUACACAUAAUAAAUACCUCUAAAUAUUUUGUUUGUGCCAUAUUUAUUUAAGAUCUAUCUAAAUAAAUCUGAUAUAUAUCUUA